CUUCCGACCGGAAGCGAGGCCCGGCGGCGAUGUGGUGGCAGGGGCGCGCGGCGGGGCCCCCGGUGGCCCCUCUCUUCCUCCGGCCGCGGGGGCUCGGGGCGCCGGACGGGCCCGCGCGGCUCUCCCCCGCCCGGGCGGCGCUGCACCGGGCGGCGCGGCUGCGCGGGCUGAGCGCGGAGGAGGUGCGCAGAGCCCGGGAGGCCCGGCCGCGGAAGGGUGCGGGGGCGGCCAAGGCCGGGGCCCAGCUGAGCGAGCGGGCCCAGGAGCGGAAGGUGCCUGUCACGCGCGUCGGGCGGCUGGCCGCCUUCGGAGGGCUGGCCGUGGGCCUGGGCUUCGGGGCCCUGGUCGAAGCGGCGAGGAGCUCCCUCCGCGGGGACCGAAGCGCCGCCGAGAGCAGCCUUUCGGCAGCCAACGCGGAGCGGAUCGCCGACACUCUCUGCCGGCUGCGAGGGGCAGCGCUCAAGAUCGGCCAGAUGUUAAGCAUCCAAGACAACUACUUCCUCAGCCCCCAGCUGCAGCAGAUCUUUGAGCGUGUCCGGCAGAGUGCAGAUUUCAUGCCACCCUCGCAGAUGAUGGGGGUGCUGUCCGAAGAACUGGGCACCGACUGGCGUGAGCGGGUGGCCUCCUUCGACGAACAGCCUUUUGCAGCUGCCUCUGUGGGGCAGGUGCACCUUGGGGUGCUGAAGGAUGGGACGGAGGUGGCAAUGAAGAUCCAGUAUCCUGGCAUUGCCCAGAGCAUCCGGAGCGACGUAGACAACCUUUUGUCGGUACUCAGGAUGAGCACAAUGUUUCCGGCAGGCCUGUUUGCAGACAACACCCUGCAGGUCCUUCAGAAGGAGCUGGAGAGGGAGUGCGACUACGAGCGGGAAGCCAGCAGCACCAAGAGGUUCAGGCGGCUUCUGGAAGGCGACCCUUUCUUUGAGGUGCCGGAGGUGGUGGACGAGCUGUCCACCCGGCGAGUGCUGUCCAUGGAGCUGGUGGGGGGCGUCCCACUGGACCAGUGCCAGGAAUUGGACCAGGAGGCUCGCAACGAGAUCUGCUCGCAGAUCCUCCGUCUCUGCCUCCGUGAGCUCUUCGAAUUCCGGUUCAUGCAGACGGACCCAAACUGGGCUAACUUCUUCUAUGACGCUGAGAGACACAAAGUCACCCUGCUGGACUUUGGAGCGAGCCGGGAUUUUUGCAAGGAGUUCACUGACCUCUACAUUGAGGUGGUGAGAGCCGCGGCCGAUGGCGACAGGGAGAAAGUACUUCGGAAAUCCAAGGACCUGGGAUUCCUGACCGGAUUCGAAAGCAAGGUCUUUGAGGAGGCCCACGUGGAGGCAGUGAUGCUCCUGGGCAAGGUCUUCUCCGCCCCGGGGCCCUUUGACUUCAGCACCCAGGACACGACCCGCUGCGUCCAGGACCUGAUCCCCGUGAUGCUGAAGCACCGCCUGUGCCCCCCUCCGGAGGAGAGCUACUCCCUGCACCGCAAGAUGGCCGGCACCUUCCUCCUCUGCGCCCGUCUCGCUGCCGCCGUGCCCUGCCGGGAGAUGUUCGAAGAGGCCUACAGCCAGUACACAGGCCGGGAGAGCCCUUCUAGGCUGGGCUGAGGGUGGUCCGGCUGCCUUGGCGCUCAGCCCAGGGACCAGCUGCUCCUCCCUGGAAGGAGUGAAGAGAAGAGGGUGGGUCUCCUCCCGCCCCCUCCCUGGGCCUGGAACCAGCCUUCCUCCCCCAGGGAACCCGGCUGCUGCGGGUGCAGGAAGGCUGCCUUCUCUCUGCUGCGUUUCUGUGGGGAGAGCACCGGCGGCGGCGGGGGGGGGGUGUCUGUUGGUUGCCCCACAGGGAAAAGGCAACUAACUCCUGGGCUGCGAAGGGAAAACAGCCUCUUGUGACUCAGGCUGGCCUUGGCUGUCAGAUGCUUGUCCAGGGGUCCAUUACGCCGCUUUGGAUAAACUGCUGCCCAGUCCCAUCACCUACAGCCAGCCACAUUCUGGAGGAGCUCUGCAGGAGUCCAGGCUGCCCUGCCAGAGGUGCCGAUGGCUCCCUUGCAGGAGUACCAGGGAGGGGCUGAGGCCUGGAAGGCCCCCAACUCACAGUGGGGGUGGGGGUGGAGCCGCCUUGCCUUGGGUGAGAGCCCUUCCCUUCCCUGCCUGCCAGUUUCUCUCUUUUGUGGGGCUCUACGUGGCCUCGGGGUUUGUGGAAGGCUGGCCAGGAGCCAGAGUAGAGAGAACUGGCCACCUCGGAGACUGUGGGUGAGCCUUCCUGCUCCUCUCUCCUUUGGGCCCCGGUUUUGAGUCUCGUGGAGAGCAGUGAGAAGCGGGGAGUAAUCUGACAUACCUGCCCCUUGGAGAGGGCGGCCUGGUUGGGCUGGGAGGCAGGUCCAGAGUGGCCCAGUUGCUUGUCAGGGGAAGGUGCCCACGCAGGUGCCUGGGAAGGCAGCUGCUCUCUGGGCCUGCAGGGUCUGGGCUGCUUCCUGCCCCGGGUGGGGAAGUAGGAGCUGACGGUCGAUUGGGGAGGGCCCAUGGCUCCCCUUGCCCCCCCCCCAGUCAGCCCCAGACUCCCAGCAGGGAGAGCGGCCUUCCGCCUGUCCGUGUGGCCAAUGUUCAGAGCCUGGGUCGGGCAGGCAGGCCCUUUGGGGGGGGGAGGGCCUCUCCAGGAGCUCCUGGCAGGUGCUGCCGGGUCCUUUUUAGGCCAAGGAGCCGGGUGGCAUUUGCCCGAUCCGGGCAAUCCAGUAAGGUGCCUUUGCUGCCUCCAAUUCUGCUGGAGAGCUGCUGCUCUUGCAAAGUGGUGCCCAGUUUGGCUCUUGCGGUCGAGGUCCGUCAGUUCUGUAACCUUUGAAAAGUCCAGUUCAGAACUGUAUAAAUAAAUAUAGAAGAAUUCA